AUGGACGAAUCGGUUUGCAACCAGGCAGAGUACUUUCCUUCGUACGCCGACUUUGCAGUUCUUCGCUCGACCCUUAUUGCCAAUAGUAUCUUCAACGUUUUUUUAAUUCAUACCACUAUCAUGCUGAAUAUUGUCACAAUCUGCGCAAUACGGAGGGCUUCGACCUUACCAAAUAAUUUGAAAACGCUACUGAUGAGCCUUGCCAUUUCUGAUGUUAGUGGAGGUUUGCUGGGCCAACCCGUUUUCACCGCAUUUCUGGUCAGCUGGCAACGACUAAAUGAUCCUAACUGCAACGCUUACCGAAUGCUGAAUAUUUCUGGGUAUAUGUUUGCUUCUGCUUCGUUCCUGGGUGUAGUGGCCGUAAGUGUGGACAGGUUCUUAGCCAUUCAUUCGCAUUUAAGAUAUCUAGAACUUGUGACUCCAGUUCGUGUCUUUGCUUUAGUAAUCUCAAUAUGGGUAUUUAGUGCAUUUCUCUCUGGUACGGUAUUUUGGACUUCGGUCAGCACUCGUGAUAUUAUUAUUAUAGUUACCGUAGCCUUUGGUUCAAUUCUCACCAUUGUGUUGUACCUCAGGAUAUAUUUAACUGUCCGACGGCACAAGAAUCAGAUCCAGUCCCUACAAGUGCAUGACAUAAGUCAGUCUGGUGAAAUGACAAAUUUGGCUGGUCUUAUUAAAUCUGCAGUUGGCGCAUUUUACAUAUAUCUGCUUUUUUUACUUUGCUAUUUGCCUUCUUCUCUUUUGAUCGUUGUCAUCAAAUUUAAUGGGCCGAGCAUCGCUUUGAAAAGAGUUUAUCUUUUCUCAGUAACUCUUGUGUAUCUUAAUUCAUCACUGAACCCUGUAAUUUACUGCUGGAAGAUGAGACACAUUCGGCAUGCUAUCAUGGACAUACUGAGGAACAUAUCUUGGAAUAGAAACGGUCCAUCGCAUUCAUUUGACAGACAGUCGUCUGGGUGA